AUGUUUGCUGUUAAGACUGAACAACAACUAGAAACUGGUCCGGAGGCAGCGCAAGUUAUAGGUGGUACGCCUAAUAUGGGACAACAAAAAAACGUAAAUCUCGCUAACUCUUUAUGUAAUGAAAUCGCUGUAAGGACUAUCCAACUGUUCAUCAGACAUGUAUCUUUGCUGCGACCUUUAGCCAAAGGGGGGCGCGUACGACUUCAAGCAGAUUUCCAACAUUUAGAGAACGCUUUAAAAAUAAUCUGCCCCCAUUUGGCCGACCUAGGUCGUCCCUAUCGUCUACUGAAAUCAGUGGCAUCUGUGAUAGUCUUAAGCCCGGAAGAAAUAGUAGCAGGUCAAACUCCCGACAGCUCUAUACCUCACAGCACAAUUCUGCUAAUGUUAUUUGCUUUUGCUGGCCUCGAGCUAGCCAGUCCUCAUCAGAAUACGAGUUGGUCCCUGCCGAAGAUUUCGGCGUGGUUGGACGAACAUCAAGGCGAAGGUGAGAGACUCGAUUUGAUUGCUGGAGCUUUGCAGAAAUAUGAAAACUUGGUUAGGCAAAAGAAUUCUAUCAACUAUGAUCCCGUAUAUCCCGUCAUAUCACAAUAUUUAGAGAGGGCGUUAAAAGAAAUAUAA